AAGAGUGAGAAAGAGAGAGAAAGAGUGAAAGAGAGAGAGGAGUCGGAUUGACGGAGCGCCGAUAGUACGUAUACGGCCGCGUACGUGUACGCAAGCAGUUGUUUCUCGCGUCCUUCUGGUGUUCGAAUUUGUGAGGCUCGAUUCGCAAAAGGACAUCAGCAAAAUGUCUAAAAAACCUGGAGCCACUCAAGCUCUGCACAAAGUUAUUAUGGUAGGCAGUGGAGGUGUUGGAAAAUCAGCACUUACACUACAGUUUAUGUACGAUGAGUUUGUGGAAGAUUAUGAACCUACUAAAGCUGAUUCGUACAGGAAAAAAGUUGUUCUUGAUGGUGAAGAAGUACAGAUAGACAUUCUAGAUACAGCAGGACAGGAAGAUUACGCAGCCAUAAGAGAUAACUACUUUAGAAGUGGAGAGGGCUUCCUUUGUGUGUUUUCUAUCACAGAGGAUGAUAGUUUUCAAGCAACACAGGAAUUCAGAGAACAAAUUUUACGAGUGAAAAAUGAUGAGAACAUUCCUUUCUUGUUGGUGGGAAAUAAAAGUGACCUCCAAGAAAAAAGAAAAGUUAGUUUAGCAGAUGCACAAAACAGAGCACAACAAUGGGAUGUACCCUAUGUAGAAACUAGUGCUAAAACAAGGGAAAAUGUUGACAAGGUGUUUUUCGACUUGAUGCGAGAAAUUCGCUCGCGUAAAAUUGAAGAUAAGUCAGCAAGUAAUGGCAGAGGCAACAAAGGAAAAGUGGGGAAGAAAAAGAAGUGUAUAAUUUUAUAGGUGUUUUUUGAUCUUAUGCGUGCCAUCGCUGCUCGUAAAGCUCAAGAAAAUCAAGGAGAGGCAAAAGAAGGCAAAAAAACUCCAAAAUGUUGUAACGUUCUCUAACAAAAAUGCUGUCCGGCUCUAUUGCCAACGAACGUGUCUAUAAUGAGCCACAAACUCAUUUUAAUUGACGGAACCGAGACACUAAGCGCACGAUUCGACAUUUGAAUCCCAUUUCAUCAACGGCAGCUCCUUUGUGUCACAUUUCUAAGCGGAAAAAAUUCCGCACCUACGCGUUUCCUCAUUCUUUGCGCUUACAUUUAGAAUUUACAGCGCUCACACACAGACAAGUGAAAUCAUUAGAAAGUAUAAAGAACUGAACAAAUAAUUCAUUUUCUUAUUUAUUUCUCUUUUGCUUACUUUUAUAAGUGUUUGUAUUUUUAUUUUGAACUCAUCAAUCUUCAUAUUGACCUCGUCGAAUGAAGAUGUUAAUUGAGCAUCGUCAUCCUCUUUCCCGUACUAUACAAAUCAAAAUUAUUUAUCGAUUACAAUAUAGUCCAUAUAAUAAUAUUAAAUAGAGUAUGUCCCAGAUGAUUUUCUUUCAUCGGCUAUUGAUCAUCUUUAAUUUUAUUUAAAUUUUAUCUUAUUUUAUCUCACUUUGUUAUUUGUAAAAUACUUAUAAUUAUUUGUUACUAAGCUACAUGUUUAAGUUAGCAUAAGUGAAUAAAGUCAUCAAAGUUGAGAACAAUUUUACGUUAUUAUUUUGCCUGUGAAAAAUUUCACCUGUCUGUGUAUAAUCAAUCGACAAUCUGUUUCAUUAGUACAACUUUUAUUUCACAAGUAUUAAAAGUAUCUGUCUCUACUUUUCACAAGUUCCUAAUAAUAAAGGAAAAAGGCAUGGGAUCUGUUUGCAAAAAAAAAGCUAAAGUUUUAUACAUUUAUACGCAACUUAUCGAUAAAGGUAAAUUAUAUCAAACACAUUUUUUCAAUUUCAUAUGCAUUCCUAGCUUUCACGUUUAUUAUAGAAAAUUGAAAAAUAUGAACAAUUGGUUAAUAUAGUACUUGUAUGGUAAAAUACAGAUUGAACAUCUUUGAAUGUCUUAAAUAAUACAGAAGAAAAUUUAAGUGAACGUGCCUCUGUGAGGCCAUGUAAAGUUAUUGUAACGCUAUUUAUAUAUUGCUGAAAAUUUUAUUACAUUUAUCAUUAGCGAUGUGAAAUAUAAUUGGUAGUUAAUUAAUUAUUAAUAACAAGCGAUAGUAAAGUUCAAGUUUAGUCGAAUAUAAAGCUAUGUUGUAAUAGCUAAAUCAAUUGCAUAUAACGGAUCUCGCCAUAUAAUUGAUUUUUAUAUUUUUGUAAUCUUGAAGAUUGUGCCUUUUAAAUAUUUUGCAAACUAAAUGUACAUCAAUAGUGUUAUCCUAUGUUAAUUUCAGGUGAAUGUAAUCGAAUUGUUUUAUAAAUUAACUUUGUCUUGUGCAGUACGAAGUACUAAAAUUUUGUUGAUAAGUUUAUUUAAAAAAUUUUAUUUACUCAUGUAGAGACGUUGCUAUAUAAAACUUAAUGGUUAUGUAAGGUGUAAAAAAUGUUUUAUACGUCUGAUUGCUUUGGAAUGCAUUAUUUUAUUAGCUAAAUGUUAAUCUACAAGCACCCUAUAAGAUAUGUAGCAAAUAAAUAAUAUUAAACGAGACUAUACCUCAUUGUUUUC